CCCAGCGCGGCGCCCGCCCGCCCACCCCCGCGGCGCCGCUGCAGCCCCCGCUCCCAUAUAGGCUGCUCCGCCGCGCUCCCCGGGCCGCCGCCGCCUCCUCCAGGCAUGGCACAGGGCUCUACCUCACUAUGGCAGCAGCGCGGCACAGCACCCUGGACUUUCUGCUCGGCGCCACAGCUGAUUGCAAUGCCGUUCUUAAAGCUCUACAGCCCAUUUUUCAGGAGCAGGGAAUGACAGAAACAGUUCAUAACUGGGAAGACCAUGGUUAUUUAGCAACCUACAUCAAAAAAAAUGGCAGUUUUGCCAAUUUGAGAAUUCACCCUCAUGGAUUAGUGUUGGUGGAUCUGCAGAGCUACAGUGAUCACACGAAAGAAAGAGAGGAGGUCGAUCAGCUUCUAAACAAAGUAGAAGAAAGAAUGAGAGAAUUUUUCCAUGGUAAUAUAAAAAGGGUGAAACGGUUGCCAGCCAUUUUGAGAGGAGGUGUCAUUGACAGAUACUGGCCCACAGCUGAUGGACGCCUGGUGGAGUACGACAUAGAUGAAGUUGUUUAUGAUGAAGAUUCACCUUUUCAGAAUAUUAAAAUUCUUCAUUCAAAACAGUUUGGGAAUAUUCUUAUUCUCAGUGGGGAUGUCAAUCUGGCAGAGAGUGACCUGGCAUAUACUCAAGCCAUAAUGGGCAGUGGAAAGGAAGACUACACGGGGAAAGAGGUGCUAAUUCUAGGAGGUGGUGAUGGAGGUAUACUAUAUGAGAUAGUCAAACUGAAGCCAAAGAUGGUUACUAUGGUAGAGAUUGACCAAAUGGUAAUUGAUGGAUGUAAAAAGUACAUGCGUAAAACAUGCGGAGAUGUCUUAGACAAUCUGAAAGGAGAGUGCUAUCAGGUUCUAAUUGAAGACUGUAUUCCUGUACUGAAGAGGUAUGCCAAAGAAGGAAGGAUGUUUGAUUAUGUAAUUAAUGAUCUGACGGCUGUUCCAAUCUCCACAUCUCCAGAAGAAGAUUCUACAUGGGAAUUUCUGCGGUUGAUUCUUGACCUCUCAAUGAAAGUCCUGAAGCAAGAUGGAAAAUACUUCACACAGGGAAACUGUAUCAAUCUGACUGAUGCCUUGACUCUGUAUGAAGAACAACUUAGCAGGCUCUAUUGUCCUGUGGAGUUUUCAAAAGAAACUGUGUGUGUUCCCUCCUACAUGGAAUUAUGGGUAUUCUACACUAUUUGGAAGAAACAAACUGACAUCUGAACAUCAAGAUUAUUUACAAUUAUCCUAAAUGUACAUGCUGCAUGGAGCAUAUAGGCCUACCACGUGCUGCAUAUUGGCAUCCUGAACCUUUAAAUUAUAUGCUGUAGAUGAUCCUGAAACUUAGUCAUGCUAUUGAUUGUGAAUUCUUUAAAUGUUUUUUUAUUAUUAUUUUAAUUUAAAAGCAAUGGAAAAUGUAUAUUUUGAUGAGCUAGGGUGUUAUUUUUGAAAGUCAACUUAAAGAUGAAUAAGCAGCAAAACUAUAUAGCUGCUGAAUGCACUGAACCUUUAGAAUGUGAUCCUUUUUAUUUUUUGUAGAUCUUCACAAACUGAUUAAAGAAGACAUCUUUAGCAUUUCAUCCCUGAAGGGGGUGGUCCAUGGAGUUUGUUUUGGGUUUGGGGGGUUGGUUUUUUUGUUUGUUUUCCACCGGAUUUUUUAAUCUACGGUGCUUUUAAAGGAUGGAGAGAGUUUUUUUGCUUGAUUUUUAAAAAUGAACACCACAGUGCUUCCAUAUGAAGAAGAAUGGCAGAACUAAAAAAGAAAAAAAAAUCCAAUGAAAGCGUACCCCAAACCCUCAAAUCCUUCACUGCAAAGAGAAGAAAGCAAGUCAUAAAAUCUGUUUAUCUACUCUUGUUUCAUUCAGCAUUGCUGUAAUCUCCUCUGCAGGAGAAGUAUUUUUCACCUUUCACCUCAUGGAAUUCUUUAGCUGCUGCCACAAGGAUAAUUUGGAUUUUGGUAUGGAUUUAACAGUAUAUUGUAGAAGCGCUUUGUACUCUUAUCAGCAUGCUAAUUAAAGCUGGUUUUCCAUCCCACCAGAGUGCAAGAAAUUGGGUGUAAUGAAGUUCUUGUGGGCAUACACUCCUCAGUCUUAUAGGAAGCACUGGGUUCUUGAAGAAGGAAAGGUUGCUUUAGAGAGCAAAGAUGUGGGUGUGAUCUAGAUAUAUAUAUGCACCAUUACUGAAUGUUUUGAGGCAAGUGUAUCUACUUAAGAAGGUUAAGUCCUGCUUGUAUUGCCAGAGUUAAACUGCAAGGUUUACUUGCAGUGUAAGUAUCAGUAGAAACUAGGUUGCAUUGUAGUAUUUUUCUGAAACACAAAGCUUUUUUUUUUUUUUAACUGUUUCUCUUGUCGUCUGAAAAACUAUAUUUUUGUAAGAAUGUACUGACUUAAACUUUGCUUUCCGUGUGUAAAGGAUCCCACUUGAAAGGAGGUAGGAAGAUAUAACUGUUCUGUGCAUUUCUGUACAUUUCCAAGAUAGAAUAAAAGUGCACUAUUUCCCUAAA